AUGCCUAUAUUAUUCAGUGCUAUAGCUUUGUCUCGAGUCGUAUUAGAAAAGUUCGCAACUUGCGAUGGAAACUUCGAAGACAUUGCUGAAGAAGUCGUCUCGAAGAUACCGGUGUGUGAUAAUAAAUUGACUUACUCGCACGGACGGUAUUUGCUUCACUAUAUAAAAGAAGUGGAGUGUGUGUUCUUCUGUAUCACGGAUAGAACAUGUCAGCGAUCUAGAGCAUUCUUCUUUCUAAACGAAAUAAGACGACAGUAUGAGAAGAACGGCAGUGAUAUAGCAAAAAUAUUAGCUCACGAAAUGUACAGAUACAAUGAAGAUUAUGGAACGAUAGUUAUAAGAAGCGGAGAGUUGGAGGAACUCAACUCUAUUGGAGUCGAGAGCAGUGAAUGUAUUCUUGGAGAGAAAAUGCUAUUUGUCGAAAACGAUCACAAUUUGCGAUAUACUACGACCUCAUACACAGAUGCACCGCAGACUGUAGAAGUGUCCGAGGAUGACCUUCUGACGCAAUCAAAUGACUGUUAA